AUGCAGCUUUGUCUUAGUUUAGGGGUUCAUCAGACUGUGUACGAGGAGGAAAUAAAAUUUGGUCGUAGUAUCGAUAUUGGAAGAUUGGGUCUUUUGAGAAGAUUAGCAUUUGCAUUUGGACUGCAUGAAUCGAUGGUGUUCUGGUCGGAGAGUGUGGUGAAGGUGGCGGUGGAUAUGGCGGUCGAUACAGGUUUGAGGCGGUGGUUGUGGCCGGAGAAGGCGGCGAUGGUGGGUGGGUUGGUGAAUUUGUGGUGGCGGGGGUUGGGGGAGGAGGCGGAGGUGCUUGUGGCGGCGCCGUGGGUGGGGCGGGGGCGGGGGGUGGGUGUAAGAACAGCGGAUGUUAUUGGAUGGGUGUUGUAUUAUUUGACUGUAACGUUAGGACUAAUCAAAAUGGUGCUGAUAAUACGGAGGCUCUACUCAAACAUUGUUCGAGGAAGAGACAUCAAGGAUGACACUAUGGUUAUUGUAAUUUGA